CCUUUACGAGCCUCUCAACCUGAGAAACGACCUGCGUCUGCAUAUGCAUCUGGCGUGUCACGGUUACCGUACUGACGAACGAAAUCUUGUCCUUCAUUCAGAUCAUUGAUCCGCACUGAUGCAUCCCCACAGCCGCCAUGGCACUCAAUUUUGAAAAGUUGUCGAAACUGCAGCGCGACCACUCCAAGCCGAAAUUUGCACAGCAAGAGAUAGCGAGGCAACUUAAGAAAAGACCCAAUGACCCGUAUCUUUUGGCCUGGCAAGCCGAUAAUGCACUCCGUUUAGGAACGAAAGAGCUGGCUGUUGAUACGCUCAAUCAGCUACUAGAGCGGAAGCCCCCAAUAACUGACAUAGAUCUCCUGUGUUACUUGUAUAAACUGUCAAUCAAAGAGCAAAAGUACUUUGGGAAAACGACGCAGCCGCCGGCCUCGGCGGGUCAGAGAGUGCUCGCAGUAUGGGAGAACGUAGCCAAGAGUAUCCCCAGGAGCAACGUGCGAGCGGAUUUCUGGUCGGAGCUAUGCGUCAUUGCAGCGAACAAGGAUUGUUGGGACGACGUGCGGCUGGCUUUGGCCAACUGCCAGAAAGAAGGUUUCCAAAAGUCCAAAAAUGUUACAUUUUCGCUCAUCCUUGCCAGCCAGCUAUCCUACGAAUUGCAGAAAAGAAUAGCGGAUGAGCUGCAGCAGCCUUUCACCGCUCAAGUCAACCUUAUGAGAGAUCUCGCGCUCGCAAGGGUGAAGCUGGCAUUCACGAACGCAACUAAAGGCGACCAAACGCCGGUCCGGGUACAGAACCUCAAGGAUCUUCGAUUCAUGGCUGGCAUCUACGAACGUCAAUCUAAGCUGAGCGAGCUUUUUGAGCUGUGGGACAAGGCCACCGGUCCGGCAAAGGAGCUGUUGGAUAACAACUCCCACGAUGUGUUACUUCUCAAAGUGGAGCUUCUCCAGCGACAACAGCAAUGGUCGUCUCUCCUUCAACUCUGUACCAAUGCAGUUCAUCGUGCCCUGGAAGAGGCGGAUAUACUUCAAACUCAGGAUUCUCUGAAAUUCUUGACUGAGAACGCUAUCAAAGUCAUAGUCAUCAUGGCCGAGAUUAUGCGCAGAUCCGAUCAAGGUCAUGAUACAGAGGAAUACAAACGAGCAACAGACGUCGCUCAACAGCUGGCCGACAAAGCAAAGAACCUUCCAGGUAGAUCAGCCAGGCUCACUUGUCUGAUUCUUGCGACGGUCUUGGACAGGAAGUCCUUGCUUCCUAUGUGCCAAUCGUACUGGCAGGAGUACAAUCACCUAGACGCCUGCUACAACGACCUGCUCCUGUACCUCCGAGAGGUUGAUGAAGAGGAACGAAAAGAGUUUCUUGAUCAUAUAUCAUCAGUUUCGUCGGAGGCGGAAGCUCUUAGCAUUGCGGAUGAUGACAAAGAAGCAAAAAAGGCUUUUCAGCGCAGGGCCAACGUUCUGCGCUUCCAGUAUCUCCUCACCGUAUGGUCGACUCAGACGACGGACGCUGAUGUCGUCGAGGCCUUCGUCGCCAGCGCCUUGAAGACCUGCAAGGCCGCCCGUGGAAUCAAUAAUGAAGUGUACUAUGAAGCCGGCUUCCUUGCUGUUCAAGCACUGUCCGGCUACGCCCAAAGGGUGGUCUCUGGACAUCACGGCUUGCAGAAAUCCUCCUUAGCGAGCAGGAUGCAAUACCAAGCUGCGGUGCUCGCCCAGCGCUUGACGUCCGGCAAGCAAGGUAAAGAGCAAAGGAAACUCCUCCUCUACUCUGUCCAGCUUCACGUCAUGCUCGGCCUGGCGACAAUCGCAUUCGAGCUCUACCCUCAUGUCCGAGUCAAGGAAAUGCUAACCGACACACUAUCGCACUCUCUUCUGACGCGCAUUUCCCAUAUUCUCCCAUUCGAAUCCACAGGUGGAGGAACCAAGGCGUCUGCAGAUAACGAACUAGCCCACGUGAUCGGCAAGAUUAAUAAGAUGGAGAAGACGCUGAGCGAUCUCAUCUGCAAGGACAAACUCGAGGACUUUUUGUACGACUCCGCCCUUGGCAUGUUGGAGACGAGGCAGUCGCUCCUGUCUAGCAUGACGAAGCAUUUGUGCAUUAUGGAAAGACGGCGGAUUGCAAGGUUGAAAGGCGAGACUAUUGAUGAGUCGUUGGAGCUGGAUCUGAGCAGUAAGUCCGACUAUACAAACAUAAGGAGUAUCACAACUAAGACAAAAAGACUUCGUCGACAUCUCGGACAAGCGCGACUUCUCCAUCCUCCCCAACCCUUCGCUAUCCCCUUUCCAGGACUCUCCAGCAAACGCAAUCCCAGAAGGGUGUCCCACGCUACGCACACUGCACCACUACUACACCCAAGAAAUCACAACCCACCUCCUCUUCAAAGAAAAGCCCCACCCCACAACCCCCAAACGCCUCGCCCUCAUCUCCACCGCCCUCUCCCACUCCCCCACCACACACGACGGACGCCUUCCCUGCGAAUGCCUCCUAGACGCAACCUGGACCGCCCUCAGCAACUGCACCGCCCACCUCCUCCUCCAUGAGAAUCCAUCCGCCAUUCCCGAAUCCCUAACCACCCUCCUGACCCACCUCACCUCCACACACACCACCUUCCAGACCCUCGGCGCCGUCACCGCUCCCUCAACCGCAUCCCCGUCCUCCUGGCCAGACAGCAUAACCCUGACGUACUGGUACUCGCUCCUCUCCUUGCUGCAACAUACGCACCGCCUCUCAUUUGCGUUAGAGGAAUCCUUCAAGAAACCCGUCAAGGCGUCGCCGAAAUCAGUCUCGAGCGCCACCAAGACGGAAGUUCUUGCCAAUGCGAAGAAGCUGAGGCAGGUGGGGGAGCAGUGCUAUGGGGAUGUUAUGCGGUAUGUUGAUGCUUGGAAGGAGUAUUUGGGUAGAGAGGGGGUGAAGGUGGUGAGGAG